CCGACUUCCUGUGUGACAUUAGAAGGUUUGCGUGUGCAGUAUUUGUAUAGCCUCAGACGGAAAGAUGCUCAGACUUCUCAGCCUAUCUCGCUGUGUAUCAUAAUUUCUGAGCGUGGGCAUGAAGGAAGAUUCUAAUUGUGGACUCGAGACGUGACGUUUUAGUAUCCUUUGAGCAAACAGCAGUGACUUGCGCUGACACAUCGCUCCUCACACGUGUGAUGUGAAACAUGGAUCAUCCUGCGUAUCAUGGGCCGAUAAGCAAACAGAGAUGUGAGGAGCUGCUCGGCAAGAAAGGACGGGAUGGAACAUACCUCAUUCGGGACAGCGAGACCAUUCAGGGAGCUCUCUGCCUCUGUGUGUACAAACAAAAAGUGGUCUAUACUUACAGGAUCCUCCAAACCCACACUGGAUACUUCACUCUACAGGCUAGCUCAGGUGUAGAGGAGAAGUUUUUCAAGACGUUGAAGGAUCUUAUUCAUAAUUACAAGCAAAAGAAUCAAGGACUUGCAACACACUUACGCCGUUCGCCGAAAAGAAAAACGCUGCAAGAUCAGCCAUUGCAAUGUGCAGAACCACUAGUGCCUAACGAGGAAAAUGACUAUGAAAAUGUUGACUGCUCAGGGGACUAUGUUGUUGUUCUGCCGGACUGAUUUAGUCACAAUGUGACGUUCUGACUGGAUCAGCUAAUAUGGACGAUAUAGAUGUGCUAUUACAGUUUCCGAGAACUUUCUGGCCAUUUUCACCUCAAAUAUGGGAAAUGC